ACCCAACCCAAUAGCUAUUUAACCAAACGUCAAUGAUAAAAUCGUGACGACAAUUCGCCGAAGGCUCGUCGACGAGGGGUAUCACAUUGGGGGUUAUGUAAUGCCCAUAAGCAAUUGUACCAAGUCCCAGGCCAAAAAAUUGACGUUUAACGUGAGGGGAAAAUCAGCAACUGUUCAUGCUGAUACUGAGGAGGAUAAUCAGUUUUUUACGAUUGCACCAGCUUUACCUAUUCUACCUGGUGCACCUGCUCCAUUAAAACUGACUAAACGUACCUACAGCUCUCUGAAUUCUGCAGGUUCAACGUUCGCCUUCGAAGAUGCCGAGACCGGAGGCUGUGAUGUCGUCGCAUUACAGCAGGCUGGAGAGGGCAGAUCAGUGGUGGCCUCCCGAACGCCCCAGGAGCGCGAGAAGAAUCCAGACAGAAUCUGCCUGGAUCGCCGAGGUCUCACAACCUUCCCGGACAUAUGUAGCGAACCAAAACUUCGUCUCAUGUCACUCCAGCAUAACCUUCUCUCCAGAAUCGAGGGGGACAACUUUAUUCAUCUAACGAAACUGGUGUUCCUAGACCUCUACGACAAUCAGAUCGAGAAAAUCUGCGAUCUCACCCCCUUGGAGAACCUGCGAGUACUGUUGAUAGGUAAAAAUCGGAUCAAGAAAAUUGAGGGACUGAAGCCCCUCACGAAACUGGAAGUUCUGGAUCUCCAUGGAAACCAGAUCGUCCAGAUUUCCGGGCUCGAAGAGCUUUCGUCGUUGAAAGUCUUGAAUCUCGCUGGAAACAACGUGAAGACCAUUGGUUUCAACGACUUCCACGGACUGUCUUCCCUCAAAGAAUUGAACCUGAAGAGAAAUAAAAUUAAGAAGCUACUGGGGUUCGGAGAAACUCCACAGCUUCAGAAACUUUAUCUAAGCAACAACGACAUUCAGAAGAUUGAAGACAUGGGCUCGUUGGCGAAAUCCCUCCAGAUCAGGGAAGUUACGAUUGAUGGAAACCCGGUGACCUUGAGUGCCGACUGUGUUUCUUUCCUGGUGUCUUAUCUACCCAAUCUUCAAGUGCUGUCGACAAUGCAGGUGAACGAACAAGUCAGACGAGCGGCAAUGGCCUGGCGCACGACGAAAGAGCAAUCGAACUCAGCCUUUCUGGACCUCAGCACUCAAGUCUGCGUGAACGUCCGUCGGGAAGAGGUGAUUACCAAUGCCAAAACCAACUGGGAGCUUCUGCGGUCACAGACGAGGUGUUUUACGAGCAAUUCCAUCAAGACCAACGGCAUCAAGAACGAGAAAAUCCGAGGUCUGAAUCUCCAGAAUUCCAGUAAAUUCGACACUGUGAAGUUGAAAAGCCUGGAAGAGGCCAAGAGCCGGGGUUUUGGUUCUCUCACGUCAAUAAACGAGAAGGUCGAAGCCAAGAAGAUUCAGUUCAAAAAGAGGAGUAGCUCCUCUGACGGACUCUUCCGACUCGAUAACAUCAACAAAGUCAAUGCCCUUGAUUUCAAACUUCCGCCAAUUCUUGUUCCCAUCAUCAAUAACCUGACGAAUAACAAGAUCAGUGAGGGCCUGAGAAAUCCCAAGUGCCUGAUGAUGGACAGCAUGGACAUGACGACUGAUUCUGAGCUCGACAGCUCCGAAAGUCACGAGAGCCUGAAAACAGCCCUCAGAAGUCAUUUAUUGAAAUGUUCUCGAGCUGUCUCUGUUGAUGGGGACAAGUCCAACGUAUACAAUUACUGUAAUGGUCCUCUCGGUGGAAAAAAGGAUGACGGGGGAAAGGGCAACAUGAAGGUAUUUCGGGCGCAUGUUAAGGCAAAUUCUACUGGGGGGUUUUAUAACAAGGACAAGGGAUUCUACAGUCUACUAGAGAACUGCAAGGAAACCGAGGACCUGUUCAGCUUGAGUCAUUUGAAGACUAGUAGUUUGGAUAGUAAUAAGUCGACCAUGGAGAGCAGCAGCAGUUCCACGACUAAGGCUGAUGACCUGGAGGACUUUGAGGAUGACAGGGGUAGGGUUAAGAGUGCGGGGAUCAAGAAGAUGGUCCAUUAUAAGAAUAACAGAGCGGCCACUGCCAGGGCGAAGCACAGGGCGGUUGCAGUUGCUACACCACCACCUGUCGUCAAUACUCCUAAGGAGAAGGAACAAGGUGGUGAUUAUUUAGUGGAAAUCGUUGGGCGAUGUCUGAACGUCUACGGUCAGGGUGCGCUACGCUUCAUCGACCGACUCUGGGACGCAACAAAAGCCAAUGAUGUUAAUGUAGUUAAAUUCAAUUAUGUGCAGUUCAAUGGGAUUGCUACAGUAUUAAACAAAUUAAAGAUUCGGUUCCCGAAUGCCGAACACUUUAUAUUCAAGGAGACUAAUAUCAGUCAUCUGGGGCAAUUGAAUGCACUUGCCGAGGUCCAAGGGUUGAGCAGCAUUCAGAUAGAGGCCGAGGGAAAUCCCAUUAUUUCCAAGGAUUGGAGAAUUUAUGCGGUGUUUAGGUUGGCGCACUGGGGACUUAAAGUUAUCAAUGGAAAGGAGAUAACAGAUCGUGAUAUUGAAUUAGCGAAUGAAGAGUAUUCUGGACUGACAGACAUUGUCAUGUGGUCACUGCCAGAGUCGUUGUUGCAGCCUUUAUUGCAAAGAUUACAUUUGGAAAAGGCUCAGAGACAAAAUGGGGAACAAAUCACUGCCAAACAGUUUUUAUUCAGCAGUGAUCCUGCAUUGAGAAAUGUCGUGGCCAAGGAGGCACUGCAGUGGCGUCGUGGUAAUGUAACACAGGAGGAUCUUAUUGCUCGACAUAAGGGCAAAGUUCACUUAUCGAAUUUAAUAGACCAAACACUGGAUGCAAUUCAAAAGCUUCAAAUCCUCGAACGCGAAUGGCCAAACAUCCUCAACGAAUUAAUUCGCACGACGUUAAACGAUUAUUCCCAGAUGAAUUUGUACAUGAAGCGUUGCAGUAAAAUACUCGAAGGUGAUAAAUAGAUGCUAUAAAUUUUGUGAUUAAGUGGAAGACCGUAAAGCUCCACAAUUUCUACAAUUCUGCCAAAUACUCAAAAGUAAUAAAAUCGUUAUUCCGUAAAAUAAGGAAUGAAAAAAUCAGUAAAUAUUGUUCUUCAACAAAUUCACUUAAUCACAAAAUAAUUAUUGAUUAUGAAUAAACUUAGGUACAAAGGGUCGAUAAAAACUCCAAGUUACUGUUGUUUUUACACUAAAUAACUUUAUCACUGUUACUAAUAGUUCAUUUGAUAAAAAAAAAGUGAAGUUUAACUUUGAAAAACCAAAGAACAGAGUUGAAUAUUCAAUACAAUGCAUGAUCGGCACGCUGUAUUAGCGGUAAUGAGAGUAUUCACAAUGUAAGAGAAUUUUUUAUAAAUUAAAAAAAUGAAAGCCCAAAAUAAAAGGAACGAAAAAAUU